AUGUCAGUGUGUGCUUUGUGUGUCCGCUAUCGAACGAUCACUGGGUUUACGAAUGCUAUCGCCAUGGAUACGGCUGCCAACAUGAAAGAAUACGCAAGCCGGCUUUCGGUCUCAUGGUGUGACGUUUGCCCGUACACCGGAGGAGCUCAGGUAAAAGAUGACCCACUGGAGAAGCUGCCCCAUGAGAAGCAUCACAACCAGCCGUACUGCGGGAUCGCCCCCUUCAUCCGGCACUUCGAGGAUCCCAGAGAUGCUCCACCACCAACCAGAGCCGAGACCAGAGACGAGCGCCUGGAGAGGAAGAGGAGAGAAAAGAUCGAGCGCAGACAGACGGUGCUAGAGACUGAGCUCAAACUCUGGGAUCCACACAAUGACCCUAACGCUCAGGGCGAUGCUUUCAAGACCCUGUUUGUGGCCCGCGUGAACUACGACACCACUGAGUCCAAACUCCGGCGAGAGUUUGAAGUCUAUGGCCCCAUCAAAAGGAUCUACAUCGUUUACAACAAAAGGACAGGGAAGCCUCGCGGAUACGCUUUCAUCGAGUACGAGCACGAGCGGGACAUGCACUCGGCCUACAAACACGCAGACGGAAAGAAGAUCGACGGCCGCAGAGUCCUGGUGGAUGUGGAGCGCGGACGCACCGUCAAAGGCUGGAGGCCGCGCAGACUGGGAGGAGGUCUGGGCGGCACCAGGAGAGGAGGCGCAGACGUGAACAUUAAGCACUCUGGACGAGACGACUCCUCGCGCUACGACGAGCGGCCGAUUGGCGGGGAAAGAGACCGAGGCGAGGGCCGCAGCCGUGAGCGUGACAGGGGCGAGCGGCGGCGCUCACGUUCUCGAGAGCGCCGCAGACGCACACGCUCCAGAGAGCGAGAGCGUCCUGUGGGAGAGGACGGCAUCGUGCGCCGCAGAGAGAGGGAGAGAGAGCCGCACGGAGAGAAGAGCCGCGAGAGGAGCCGCGACAGAGAGCGCAAACGCAGGAGCCGCAGCCGCGACCGCAAGAGGGACCGCGAGCGCGUCAAAGGGCCUGACGGAGAAGACAUCACAGAGGGGCCCCCACCAGACGGAGCUGAGAGGGGCCCCGAGGAGCAGCCUGAGGGAGAGCCCGGCCCUGAGGGAGAGGAGCAGCGCAGAGAGAGGGAGCGAGACCGAGACCGAGACCGCGGCGACAAAGACAAAGACAAGGAGCGAAGACGCAGCCACAGAGACAGAGACCGCCGACGAGACCGCGACAGAGAGCACAAACGAGACCGAGACAGAGACCGGGAGCGCAGAGACGACCGGCACGCAGAGCCACAGGACCAGCCCCCAGAGGAAGACAACAACGGCAUCGGACCCUCACUCAAGCCCCAAGACUACCCCCAGGAGGACAGCAUGGAGCCCCCCACAGAGGCCCCUGAAGACUUCGGCAACGGAGAGAACGGCUUCAAGAUGGAGGCCGCGCCAGAGGAGUACUGA